AUGCAUUUACAUCUCCAUCUUUGCGAGACCAUCCAUGAUUUUGGACCAGUAUAUAGAUAUUGGCUCUUCAGGUUUGAGCAAUAUAAUUGUCUGCUAAAGAACGUGAAUACAAACAGAAAAGAUCCCUUUGAGGUUACAUACAUGAAUAGUUUCAUCCAAGAUACAUGCAAAAGUGAUUUCGUUCAUGCUGCUCUCACAUACCCAAGCCAAGUACCGUUUCUUCCUCUUCUUGCCAAGCUUACUGCCACAGCUCAACCCUCCACUUCAAAAAAUACAAUAACUUUUCCUCAGCAUCUGUUCAGACUAUCAGCCUUCAUCCAAGCAUACUCAAACCCUUCUCUUCCAGUCCUUGGCAAUGAAUCCCUUCCUCCAUCUGCAUUUCCUCUCCAUAUUGAAUCCCCAUCAGCAAUGAGUGAUGCCAACUAUCCUUAUUUGCUUGAUUACUAUAAAGUCACAUACUGCAUGUCAAAUCUUGAAGUAGACAACACAGAGCUCCAAACACGUGUCGUUUAUCAAGAUAAACACGUGUUUGCAUUUGUUAAGUGGUUCCAGAUUGAGCAUGACCGUUCAAGAGAGUUGGAAAGUGUUGACAUCUGCAGUGCAGAUUUUAUUGCGUGUGAUUUUGAAUGUAUCUUGUCAGUACAUCAAAUAUCAUCAGUUGUUGCAACAUGUGAUUAUAAAACCAGCACAAAUAAUAAGAAAAUACUUGUCAACGCUUUACCACACAAACAAUACAAUUAA